AUAGAAAAGAAAUUUAUAAGAAAAAAAAGUCAAAAAGUUAUCUGAAAGGUUGAACGGAGAUCAUCAGUACAUCGGAGAAAGAAAAAUAAGAGGAGAAGAUGGGGAAGGUACCGGUGAAGGUGAGAGCAGUGACGUACGCACUUUCGCCAUUCCAGCAGAAAGUGAUGACGGGGCUAUGGAAGGAUUUCACUCACAAAAUCACCCACAAAGUCACCGACAAUUGGAUCAGCGCCAUCCUUCUGGUCGGCCCUGUUGUCGGCGUCCACUCGUAUGUGAAGAGUUACCAGGAAAGAGAGAAACUGGAGCAUAGGUACUAAGUUACGGUAUCAAAUUAUGCCUAUGUGAAGAGGAAGAAUAAUGUCUGUUGUAGUAAAUGAAGACGAAUAUGUCUUAAACUGUUAAAUUGUGUUUGGAUUAUAUAUGCCAUGGUGGUGUAAUUCUGCUGCAGAUAUUAGCUAAAACUUGUUCUCUUUU